AAUAAAGUGAGCACAACAAACCCGUAGCGAAUGAUGGCGGCGUCGCUGCUGCGCCGGGACAAGAAAUCCACCGCCGCGCAUCUGAAGGCAGACCUGAGGAGGAGCGACAACAGCUCGGGGCUGCGGCAGCUGCAGGAGCUGCUGGAUAGCGUGCUGCACCCGGAGCGGGGCUCGGACCCGGAGGCGCUGGACUGGUGUAAAUGGCUGCUGGCUGGAGGCGACGGCUUCGACGAGUUCUGCCGGGCCGUCCGCUCCUACGAUAACGCCACCCUCUGCGGGCUGGUGUGGACCGCCAACUUCGUGGCGUACCGCUGCCGGACCUGCGGCAUCUCGCCCUGCAUGUCGUUAUGCGCGGAGUGCUUCAAUAACGGCGACCACACGGGCCACGACUUUAACAUGUUCCGGAGCCAGGCCGGCGGGGCCUGUGACUGCGGGGACGGGAACGUGAUGAGAGCGAGCGGGUUUUGCAGUAGGCAUCGGUUAAAAACGGGAGAGAAUGUGCCAUCAGUCCCUCGGGAUCUGCUGCUCAUGUCUGAGAUGGUGCUGCCGCGGUUUAUCAUCACCAUCAUUCAGUACCUGAGAGACGGCUACACUGAGCCAGAGUCGGCCGCUGACAGAGAUCUGCAGAAGGUUCUGCAGCAGUUAGAGCCGCACAUAUCCUUCUUAGAAGAGCUCACCAAGAUGGGCGGGGCCAUGCGCACUGUUCUCACCAAGAUCUUAACCAAUCAGCAGACCUUUAAAGAACUGAGCAUGGGUCAAGAGGAGAAUGUUUAUGCGAAGAGGAACUAUGAGAAGUAUUUGUCAGCAUUGAAGAGUUCAGGUCUGGUGUCAGUGGAGGAGAAAGGAGCAGGAGCUGGGGCAACAGAUACUCCAGCUGGGGCAGGAGCACUCAGUCUACUGGGAGCUACUGCUGCUGCCAGUCUGGAGGACUCUAGCAAAGAGGAGGAUCAGGAGGGGCUGCAGGGUGUGGGCCAGAGGAAAAGAGUGAAGCUCAGUAGCAGUACCAAAGAUCCAUCCAUAAUGGACACCUUGAAACAUAAAUGUUUUUUAGAAGAGUUAUUGUUUUGGACUAUUAAGUAUGAAUUUCCGCAGAAGAUGGUCACUUUUUUGCUCAACAUGUUGCCAGAUCAGGAUUACAAGAUCACGUUCACUAAAACAUUUGUACAACACUAUGCCUUCAUCAUGAAGACCCUCAUGAAGAGUCACGAGUCGGACACCAUGUCCAACCGCAUCGUUCACAUCAGCGUGCAGCUCUUCAGUAACGAGGAGCUGGCGAGACACGUCACAGAGGAGUGCCAGUUACUGGACAUCAUGGUCACUGUGCUCCUCUACAUGAUGGAGACCUGCCUUAUCAAGAGCGAACUGCAAGAUGAGGAGAACAAUCGUCACGUGGUGGUGAACUGUGGUGAAGCGCUACUGAAGAAUAACACCUACUGGCCUUUAGUUAGUGAUUUUAUUAAUAUCCUCUCGCACCAAAGUGUGGCCAAGCGCUUCCUGGAGGAUCAUUCUCUGCUGCUGCUCUGGAUGAGUUUCGUCUCCUUUUUCCAAGGGAUGAAUCUGAAUAAGAGAGAGCUGAAUGAGCACGUGGAGUUUGAGUCUCAGACGUAUUAUGCAGCGUUUGCAGCUGAGCUGGAGGCCUGUGCUCAGCCCAUGUGGGGUCUCCUGACACACUGCAAAGUCAAAGAAACCCAAGAGUACACUAAAACAGUGGUGCGCUACUGUCUGGAAACUCUUCAGAUGUGGUUUGAUGCCAUUGGGUUUGUAGAUGAGCCUGCCCUCAACCAGCUGACCUUUCAUUUACCUCUCCAUAGAUACUAUGCCAUGUUCCUCAGCAAGGGAGUGAGGUGUCAAGGUCUGGAUUUAGACCGUUUGCUUCCUGAUCAGGAGAUGCUUAUGAAGAUCAUGGUUCACCCUCUUCAGAUACAGGCUAGCCUGUCUGAGAUCCAUAGUAAUAUGUGGGUGAGAAAUGGGCUGCAGAUUAAAGGUCAGGCCAUGACUUAUGUGCAGUCUCACUUCUGUAACUCCAUGAUUGACCCGGACAUCUACCUCCUGCAGGUGUGUGCGUCUAGACUGGAUCCAGAUUACUUCAUUUCCUCAGUGUUUGAGAGGUUCAAGGUGGUGGAUUUGCUGACGAUGGCGUCUCAGCAUCAGAACGCAGUGCUGGACUCGGAGCAGGAGAGACCCAUGCUGGAGGGGGCGCUGACCUUCCUGGUCAUCCUGUGCAGUCUCAGAGUACACUUAGGAAUGUCUGAUGAUGAGAUUUUGAGAGCAGAGAUGGUGUCGCAGUUGUGUAUGAAUGAUCGUACCCACAGCUCCCUGCUAGAUCUUAUCCCGGAGAAUCCCAACCCUAAGAGCGGCGUGGUGCCAGGCAGCUGUAGUUUUGAGGAGAUGCUGUCUGCUGUAGCUGAUUUCAAAGCCCCGGUGUUUGAGCCUGGAGGAUCCAUGCAGCAGGGCAUGUACACGCCUAAAGCGGAAGUCUGGGAGAAAGAGUUUGACCCUAUAAUGGUGAUUCUACGCACCGUGUACCGCAGAGACGUGCAGUCGGCCAUGGAUCGAUACGCAGCAUUUUUGAAACAGUCAGGCGUUCAUACGGGGAACCCCUGGCCGCCCUAUAAGGAGAGGACCCCUCUGCACCCCUGCUAUAAAGGACUGGUGCGCCUUCUGCACUGCAAAACACUACAUAUCGUCAUCUUUACACUGCUGUACAAGAUCUGGAUGGAUCAUCAGAACAUUGUUCGUCCAGAACAGAACACCUUCUGA